AUCGCAGCUUCCUCCGUCGUACCACCACGCGUUAGCUCCGACGCGACCCCAACUCAACCGUGUAACCAACAACUGUUUUGUCCAAUCUCGACACUGGUAUGGUUACCGCUGUUGAGUCUGGCACCAAGAUGCCCAACAAAACCAUCGGAGGUGGCCCCUCUUUGACAUGCACCAACGAAAUUAGCACGCAGAUUGCUCACAAAUGUCUCGACGAUACGAAUACUGAUAGUGAGGAAACCGAGCCAGAUCUAGCUGAUAGACUUGCACACGUGAGUUAUAGCUACUGUACGCGUAUAUUGCAUGGAACUGACGCGAUCGGCAGGAAAUAAAAGUUCAGAUCGCGAUUGCCGACAUCAUCAAGCGCAUGAAAGAUGUCGAUGAAGAGGUGGCCGUCCUCCGCCAUGAUCUCG